AUGGACGGCAAUCAUCAAUGGGAAGUGACAUUAUUCUGCAAUGCGGAAGCAAAUACAAUAAAGUCAGUUGACAUAGUUCCAAAGUCGCGUGGCUCGAAAGUGGUGCCAAAUGACGCCAAACCAGCACCUACUGCCUACACAAUGAUCUAUACAACCUCGAGCACCAUCAGAUCCGAUAAUCAAAUUCCAUACCAAUUUUCGGCGACUAUUACAUUUUUAAAGUCGGACGAGAAAAAGACUGUUAGUGUUCCUGCAAAUAUGGCAACUGAUAGAAAAAGACGAAAAGCCGAUUAUGAUGAGGAUAAUACUAACAAUGGACAAUUUGAUCAAUCCAAUAGUAAUAAGGAUAUUGAGGGUGACGAGGUUGAAGAUGUGUUGCCACCUCCACCUCCACCAAAAGAUGAAAAAAUUAAAAGAUCUUGGACAUGUUUUAAUUGUUUAGGCACUAAGAACAAUAGUCAACGAAGAAAGCCUGGCGAAAGUAUGGAUGAGAAAGGGGGAAUUGAUGAUGAUGGAGUAGUGAACAAAGGCUGCUGUUGCAAAUGUGUAAUAAUGUAA